AUCACACUUUCCUCUCCUUGUUCGACACAUCUCUCUGAGUCACCCACACAACACGCAAAAUAGAAAAAAUGAAUUUCGAAAUAGAGUCCUGUCCAGUGUCCACGGGCUCAACUGAUCGUCAUCCGCGAAUACUCUGUCUCUAACAGCCUGUGAGAAUUAUCCGUCGACUUGUUGCCAUCCUAGCAUCCCGCCUCCGCGACACUCUCUUUCAUUGUCCUCGUUCCACUCGCGCCCUUGAUGUCGGAAUACGGAUGUGAUUGUCUAGCGUGAAUUCCUUGAAUCACAUACAGUACACUACGUUUUCGACAGACAGCACCCUUGGACGCCGUCUGCGUGCGUGUACGGCGGCGCACUCUGAUCUAAAUCGAGUGCGAACACAAGAAGCCCAAGGCCCGUGUCAAUUCCAAACGCAACUCUCUGUGUCCACCAGCUCAGUAACAGCGCUGCGUUCUCGACCGUUCUUCGCGUCUUUUUGCACUUGUACUCGCCCCGCUCCCAUCACCGCCAUCGCCGUCAACGACACUCCUGUUGGUCCUCUCGACAAUGUCUUCUCAUCGCACGAUAUCCCAUCGCCUUUCUCAAGACAGGGAGGGAUAGAACGCUUAUUUCGGCAAAGCCACGAACAAGGAUGCAAUGCACAUCUCAUGCCGAUGUCCACGUCCCUGGCACGGUUCCCCAUCUCCACGAUUGUACGAAUGAUCCAUGAUCCAUCGACAGAAGUUCACCCGCUUCGGUGCUCAUUCCACUUCAUAACUUCAUAUUCCGCCGCUGGCCGCUGAUGGCGACCGGAAACUAGCGGUAGCUGAGUCUUAAUGUCCGUGCAUCUCCCUCUCUUCGCCUAUUCCAUUCAAUCGCCCACCCUCUCCCAUCCAGUGAGGAUAUUCAAGCUCGCAUGCAUCCCAAUCAAGCACACACUUACGCAACCUCGACCUUCGCAAUAUCAAGUUCAGCUUACAGUUCGUUAUUGAGCCAAAUUCUCUUCUGUAUUAUCUGUUCGCCCUGCUGUUGCUGCAUUCUUUGGGUCCAGCGCUUCCCUGCCCUUUCCAACCUUCCACCCUAACCUUGCAUUCGCAACUUCCUUCUAUUCUUUUUGUUGGGAUCUCACACGCUUCUGCCCUGUCACCCGGGUGCAACUUUCCUCCAAGGACUUGUACCUUCUCUCCCUCGCUUCAUCAAUUGAGUCCUUUCUUUCGACGUGACUGCCUGUUGUUGUGACUAUCCAAGCUGACGAACGUGAAUGUCUUGUGCUUCCGCCGACGGCCCUUUGACCUCCGCCAAACGUGUCUUGGCCCAGCUUGGCCUCGAGCUAUCUCUCCUUCUGUGUCUUUUGUCGCUAUUCAUACAUGUUCUCCGUGCAGGCAAGCAAGCAUGAAAAAAUUUCUCCACAGAACAUAGGUCCAGUUCUCUCUUCUCGCGUCUCUUCUCCAUCACUCUUCGACUCUUCGACGCUUCAGUAACGCAACCCUGUCUUCCUCCACUGAAUCUACUUAUUAUACCUUCUCCGCGUCCCCAAUACAAUGUUAUGCACAUC